UCAUCGGUUGAUGUUUGAGAAUUUUUGUUAAUUUAUUGAAAACACUGUUGCUGUUUUUUACUUAGUCUUUAAUUUCUGUAGCAAAAACGCACCUUCACUAAAAUAACAGUCCAGUUCAAUACAGCUUGAUAAAAAGGUAACUCGAUGUGUGCACUGCUCUAAAGUUCAGAACUUGUUCAAAACAUUGACGUGUUUUUAUUUAUAAAAAUUCCGUCGUCUUGUGUAACUGGUAUCUAGUUAAAUAAUAUCAGUGUUCAAUAAAUGAUUUCGUAAUUUGAAGUGGAAUAUGUUAUAAAAAUUGAAAUUUGUAGGAAGUGAGUUGAGAGUAAUUCUAAACUUGUGACAAUAUGAAUGAUAAGAAGGUGUUCAGGACGAGUAUUAGUGGUUUUCAUAUAGUGCUGUUAUCACAUUCGUGGUGUUGUAGUACUUGAGUACGUGGAGCUAUAUUUAGGUUCGGACAAAAUGAAAGACUUGAGGUGAAGUGACCAUUUAAGCACCGUGGAGCACCUUGUGGGAGGUGGUGGCCCGGGCAGCUUGCUGCCCGGUGCAUCGCCUGCACAGCACCCACCAAAUAUGCUGCAGCCGAUGGAAGAGAUGAUCCUUCCUCCUAAGCGACAAGCUGUUGUGGAUAGGUUACGCCGAAGGAUAGAGACGUACCGGCGACGGCAGUCAGAGUGCGUGCCACGGUUCGACCAGUCCUUCAGCGGAGCUUGUGAACAGCAAAACUUGGAAACGAGUGCGCUGCAAAAAAGAUACCUCGAAGGCAAAGCUAAAAGGCAGGCCAAAAAAACCGAACGCAAGCCUGAUUUGCCUGCCAUCAGUGGGGUGCAUAGCAGCGUACACGUCCAACAAAAGUUUGGAUGCGGAGAUUAUGAACCUCCAGCAAAGUUGCAAUGCGGUGGUGGAUCGUCAACUGGUUCAGGAGAGGCCCUUACGAAAUUCUCAGUGGAGAUCGUGCAGCAAUUGGAAUUCACCACUUCGGCGGCGGACUCACAGCCACAACAGAUAUCCACAAAUGUCACAGUGAAAGCGCUCGCCAACGCUGUGAAGACGUCCAAUUCUCCGCCGCCUCAACAACCCCCGCCCCGAGUGCCCACUCCACUCGACUGCGAACGCGAGUGUAAAGCCGAAUGUAAAUCGGAAGUUGCUGAUGAUGAGUUUGUCGGGCUCGACGAAUGUGCAGCAGCAUUAGAACGUGACGCUGCCUCCGCCUUUCCCGUGCUUGCCGACCUUAUGGGUGAAGACGACGGAGAUGAUACCUUCGAAGACCUCAUCACAGAAAUUUCAGGCUACCCUGAGUUUUUGAAAGAUUUUGAUCUCGAUGGUGGAAAACUAAAUGGAGGGGGUAUCGGUUUAGAGCCGCCGGAGGGAGAGCCAGCGCCGCGACCGUACGGCGGCGGUGAGAUGUCACCGGCAGCCCAGACUCUGAAACAUAUGGCGGAACAGCACCAACAGGCGGCGGGGGGAGACUGGUCGCGCUACCGUAACUACGGCGCCUAUCGGCCGCGUCCCGCCCCGCCGCCUCUCGAUCACCUUCACAUGUCACAGCAGCAACAACUGCAUCUCACCCAGCCUCAUCACAACCUACAGGUGUCCGCGGCUCAGCACAUGCAGGUGAGCGGUGCGGCGAGCGGGCACGUUUCAGUGGCAGCACAGCAAGGAAUGUACGCCAGCUUCCAACAUCAGGGUACUCCGUCUCCACAACAUCAUCAAGGCAAUGGGUGCGAUUCGUAUUCGGUGUCACAGUCGCAGAGCAUAAACUUUUCGCAAGCGAUGCGUUCCCGGCAGGCGGCGCAAGCGGCACAACAGCCAUCGCAGGGGGCGGGAUCUCAACCACUAGGUGUAGCCGCGGCAGGUAUAUCGCGCGAGCAACAAGCUAAAAUGCUGCAGCAGCAACAGCAGCACAUGUUGCGAGCUCAGCAACAACAGCAGCAGCAGAUGCGGCCGCCUCCGCCGGAAUAUAAGGCGCGGUUCGUGGGCCCCGGCGGGGGCGGCGCGGGGGGCGCGGGCGCGAGGCGGCCGCAGGCGGCUCCGCGGCCGUUCCCGCCUCACGCGAGACAGUACUCGCCCGAGUGGCGGCACGUGCUGCUGCAGCAACAGGCGGCCCGGCAACAGUUCCCGCACCAUCACCAAGGUGGUUUCGGUAUGGGCGGCAUGAGCGGCAGUAUGGCGCAACAACAGCAGAUGCAGCUGCAGCAGGCGCGCCUGCAGCAGCAGCAGCUUCUGCAGCAACAACACCAGCGGGCAUCGAACCAGCAACAGUCGUCAAUGUCUCAUCUCAUUAUGCAACAGAAUCAGAUGAUGAACGUGCAAGGACAGAUGGCGAAUAUCCAUAUGUCGCAAUCUCAGAGUAUGUCGAUGCAAGGCGGCGGCAUGGGCCAGUCUGGCCUGCACACUGGCAUGCCUGGCGGCGGCGGCGCCAUGAUGCCAGGUAAUCAGUCUCCAUUCACUAUCCACAACGCGUCUUCCUUCGGCGGCCAAGCGGCCGAUUUCAACUUAGACUUCCUAGACAACAUGCCUUCCACCGACGCGAGCAAUCUCACCGCGCAGGAACUCCUCAACUCUUUAGACAAUUCGUUUUUGAACGAUAUACUAUAAAGGAUGAUCUAUGAUCACGGUUGGAUUCUUUUGUGCGGAUCGGCACGGUGCAGAACCGUUUCGAUCCUGAUGUACUGCCAUUUAGUGGCGAUGAUGGCAUCGAUGGCUUCGCCACGUGCGAUAUUGUAAAAAAGUAUGUGCGCCAGCGUAAACCUUUAUGUGUGUUAGUUGCAAUAUCUCCUAAUGUUGUACAUAAGAUGUCCGUAAGCUUAUCUAUUGAUUCAUAAGAUUAUUUGAUCGGUACAGAAUACCCAAUAGCUUCAGAUCCGCCGCUAGUAUUGUGUGCAAGUUUGCGCGAGUACAAUUAUCCAAUUGCAUUGCAACUAACAGCACUAGGGGGAUAUCUUUGUAAAGGAUUUGAAUGAAUUUUAUUCGAUCGAUGUCAACAUGUGAUAAGAAAAAAAUAUCAAUACAAUGCUUUUAACAUCUAAUGCAUAUGGUAAUCUAUCAAAUGUGCAGAUUAUGAAUAAUUCUGACAAUUUUCUAUAGUGUAGCUAGAAGAAAGUCUACUUGUAUAUUAUACUUAAAUCGGUCAGUGUUUCAGUAUUUUAUUACAAUACUUAAGUUAUUCACAUUUUAAUGUGAAUGUAAUGUUACAUAUUUCAUCAUGAUAUCAGUAUUGCAUUGGAAUAAUAAAAAACUAGACUUGUUGAUAAUACGGAAACCGUGGCUCGUUUUAUACAUUCAAAUGAUCUUCUACCAUCGAUCUGUUUAUGGAUGACGUUAGAACGACAGUGUUUUGUCUUGUAUUAUUGAAUUGUUCUAAUAUAAACACGUCUUAUACGGACUGAUGUGUAUCUUUUCGCUUAGGGAUCUUUGUAGUUUGGUCAUUUUGGAGAUUCAGGCAAAGACUAAGGAUCAGCUCACGCUAAGCGGUGUUUAGUUGAUUUUCAAAUUAUAGUAAUUAUGAAACUUAUGCUGAUAUACAUAAGGUGUAAUAUAAUUAUGUGCCAGGACAUCGUGGGGUGGAUGAAUUGAGUAUGCUGAACAACUUUUACUAUGGGAGCAAUAUUGAAUUCACAAAAAAAUUCAUACAGUAUAUUCAUAUCAGCCGUUACAUACUGUAAGCUAUUGUUGGUAUUACCAUUUUGUGAUAAACAGUUUUUUGUGUUCAGUGUUGCUCGCAUAAUAAAAGUUGUCCGGUAUAUUUAACUCAGCCACCCAAUGAGGUCCUGGCAUAUAAUAAUAUUACACCUUAUACACAGCUGCAAAGAGUAUGUAAAAGUGAGUUCAGCGGAUUACAUAAAGUGUACUCUUCCAGUUUUGCAUGUUAUGUUCAGCUUGGUGUGAGUUAAUCCAUACUAUAGAUUUGGGGCAUUUUGUAUUUAUCAUUGAAUGUAUGUACAAAAAUUUCAUCAGGUCACACAAAAAUGUUAAAUUACUUGUACAUCAUUUUUACAGUAACAUUUAGGAACAUAGUUGGUAGUUAUUAAAAACCAAUUUAGUUCUCACAAUGACUGAACUAUUAUUUGCAAAUAUAAGAUUGACCAAUAUAAAUCAUGUAAUGACCAAAGUUAUCAAACAAGAAUUUAGUGUGGCUAUAAGUGGACGUAUAAGUACGAAGUAUUUGAAUAUUAAAUAAAAACUUCCGAUGUCUUUAUUGUAAUUUCGAUCACAUUGUUUUAUAGAGUAUUUAUUGUAAAAAUAUCCAUUUCAUAGUAUUUAUAGCUAUUAAGAUUGUUAAUACUUCUUUUGUAAAUAUUUUUAUUGUACUUUAAGAUGUUGGAUAAAUAUUAUUAAUGUAACAUUGACAAGAUCCUAGAGGCAGUUACAGACAGACAACUAACACGAUCUGAUCGCAGAUUAUAUUGAUACUAAUGUAAUGUAUAUUUAUUUGAGACAUUCUAGUAGUCUAUAAAAUUAUUAGCACAAAAUACAUUUUAUAAAGCGAUAUAUUAAAAGUGAAAUGAAAUAUUGAGACAAUGAUAUAGUAUUAGUGAUAACAUGUUUAUAUCUUCCAUCUAUUGUUUCUUUGCUAUGUCAGAACUGUACUAUUGCUAUUUAUGUCUCUCCGCCUGGGGAUUAUCCAAUUAUUUAAAUAAUUUAAUUAAGUAAAAAUGUAAAUUUUAUGAUUUAUUUAGAAUCAUUCCUGUACCUAAGAUAGUAGUUUUACUGUGAUGUCGGUCUCAAUGGUCAAUAGCUAAUAUAGAAUCAAUUAUUAUAAAGAUAUAGAUUAUUGUUAUUGUUAGGAUCUCAUGUAUCAUUUUGGGAGGGGUAUAAGGGAUUCUGGAAUAUGUAGGGUGUUGAUUUUCAUAUAUUUUUUAAAGUUUCACUUCAAAAUUAUCGUAGAAUAUUAAUUUUCUGCGUAUAAUGUUUAUAUAUGACAUCUGAUAGAUCUAUUAAAUGAAAUAUUGUUGUUAAACAACACUAAUGUUUUAAUUUAAUUCAUCCUGAUAUGCAUUCAACUGUUUUGUUAAAAGGCUAAUAUAAAAAGCGUAUGGAUUCAUGAAGAAACUUAUUUGAAAAGGUAGAUGUUUUCAACGAUUACAAAAUGUAUCAGGAUGAUGUAAAUUAUAAUAUUCUCCUAAGUGACUGCUAAAGCUCCGCUCUCUGUUUAAACUAAAGAUUUGUUUAUGAUAACAACAUUCCAGAGUCAUUGUUAACAAUGUUUUAACUUUAGGACCAAUUUUUGAACAUUCUUUUAAAAUAAUAUUACAUAAUAUUGAAACAUUUCGUUUAUUUUUCAUUUCGUUCCCAAAUUCUGUUACUUGAAUUUAGAAUUAUUAACAUAACAUGAACGAACGCUUUAUAGUUAUUUACAACAAUAAUACGCAAAUCACUUAUAUAAUUAAGUAAUUUCUUCAAUCAUUCACUAAGUAAAUAUGUAUAUCUUAACGGAGUAAACGCUUCAGAGAUAUGAAGCAGUAACCGAGACGUAAAACUGGAUUAAUAUAAAUUUCUCAUGAAUUCAAGUCCUGGAAAAAUCGGUGUGAACUGAGGUCGUAUCAUUUUAUGGCACAAUAUCUUGCAACUCUGUUAGGUUGACAUUUAAGUCUGUAUGUAUAGUUUUCAGCGUUUUCACUUAGCAACAUACAAGCAUCUCAUUUGUUCUUCAAUUCCUUCCUGUUUACAUAAAAUUUUAUUCAUUGAUCAAUCGCAGAAAGGUCGAUCUCGUUGGGUCUGUUAUUUUUUAAAGUUACAAUACGAUUCAGUUAAAAAAGCUUUUGCAUUUAAUCUUCAGUCAGUGCGCCGGCCUAAUCCUGUUAUUGUUUCUGUCAGUGUGACACGUUAAAAAUAGUAGAGAAACGGGAAAUAUGCUGUAUGUUUGUAAGUCAUGCAACCUUAGUAUGAUUUAUUCGUCAUCAAUUUUCAUGAAGUUUCUCAUGACUUGAACCCUACAGCAUAAAUGUGUACUAAAACUGCUCAUUUCUAUGCAUUUGUGCACAUCAAAUGCUACCACAUUAUGGAAUCGGCCUGGUGUUUGUACAAGUAAUCGGAGAACUUUUCUAGUUUCCUCUCUAAAGCAUUUAUCUCCGAAGCUAAUUCUCAUAUCAUUUCAUUAGGUUUACUGUGGAAAAUUCUGGGGUUGCGCACGCGCGGGCUGUAGAAGUUGUUCGGUUGAAUGUAUCUCGCUGUUAUUGGCUCUUCGUGCAUUGCACUUAUUUUGCUUUCAUAAAUAUUCUGAUUUGUGCUAUUGUCAACUGCUUUCAUGACGUAAGCGUGAAUGUUUCUUCUACGUUUUUUAAUACGAAUGCAAGAAAACACAGUACUCAAAAGGAUGCCAAAUUUUAUGAGAGCCGCUAUAAAUAAAGCUAGCAUGAAAAAUAAAUAUUGCUCUUGGUACCAAUCUUCGAGAAUUGUGAGACAUCCCUGAAAAGUAAAAGAUAAUUUUAUUACACUGGUGAAUAAUGACUGAAACAAUAUAAAAUGUACUGUCUCUCUCUCUCUCACACACGCGU